CGUUCUCCCACUUUGGUCUGUGGUGUGUGCCCACAUUUGGAUUUUUAGCCGUAUCCGUAACCGUAAGUGGAUAUUGGUAGAGGCAAAGCUGAUGUCUGCUUUCUUGCUUUUUUUCAUAAAUUGAUAAAUUUAUUUUUUUAAUUUAUAGAACAUACUUAUUAUUUUUGAGAACUGUUUAUAUUUUUAAAAAGAUGGCGACAGUUACUGUUAAAAAGGAGGAGGAGGUGGAGGAUGAUAGAAGCCAGCAACCAGCUGCAGUGGGAGAUGAUUGCAGCCAAGAAUAUGAUAUAAUCCCUGGCGACAACAUGAUCAUGAUCAUCAAAGAGGAGGGUGCAGAUGAUAAGCAAGAGGAUGAAGGAAGUUCAGUGAAGAAGAGGAGAAAGAAGAGGUCUUCAAAGUGCAGCACAUCUGGCCGAGACGGUGCAACAGAAGUGGGUGGACUGAAUGAGCAUUCAACCUCUCCAGUGGAAAAGUGCACUGAAUCAUCUGUUACUGAUAAAGAGACUAAGCUCUACAAGUGUGCUCACUGUAGCUAUAAUACACCAUCCUUCUGUUAUUUGAAGAAACACAUAAGGAAACACAUUGAGAAAAAACCAUACAGCUGCGGAAUUUGUGACUACAAAAGUACUAGGUUAGAUACUUUGCAAAUACAUUUCAGAAAACAUACAGGAGUAACACCAUUCAGCUGCAAAUUUUGUGAUUACAAAUGUGCCCAAGCAAAUUCUUUGAAAAUACAUACCAGAACACAUACAGGAGAAAAACCAUUCUUCUGUAAAAUAUGCGACUUUAAAUGUGGUAAUUCAGGCAGUUUGUACAGACAUAACAGAUUACAUACAGGAGAAACUCCUUACAUCUGCGAACUGUGUGACUUUAAAUGUGCUGAGUCAGGUAAUUUGAAAAAACAUAUUAGAACGCAUACAGGAGAAAAACCAUACAGCUGCAAAUCUUGUGAUUUCAAAACGGCUCAUUCAAAUUCUUUGAAAAGACAUAACAGAACACAUACAGGAGAAAAGCCAUUCUUUUGUAAAUUUUGUGACUUUAAAUCUGGUAAUCAAGGCAGUUUGAACAGACAUAUGAAAUUACAUGCAGGAGAAACUCCCCCCAGUGGCGAAUUGUGGACUUUAAAUGUGCUGAGUCAGGUAAUUUGAAAAAAAAAAACAUUUCAGAAUGCAUACAGGAGAAAUACCAUUCUGCUGCAAAUGUUGUGAUUUCAAAACGGCUCAUUCAAGCUCUUUGAAAAGACAUAACAGAACACAUGCAGAAGAGACAACUCCUAGCUGAUAAUGAAAUGAUUCCUAUUAUACAAUAUGGACCGACUAUGUGACAAUUAAUUUUCCAGCUUGCCUGCACAUACUUGUUAUUGAAAAUGUUACAUUAUU